AUGUCCCUCACACCCUCCUACAACACAUCCUUUUUCAUCCCCCGCCCCACCUCUCCGGCUCUUUCUACCCAUUCUCAAGAGACAGCCAGCACUUUCGUCACCGAGAAUUACCCUCUCAGCACCGAUCUCUCUUCGGCGCUUGCUGGACAUGUCGACGGCCCUGACCGAGACACUCUGACGGUUGACUGGUCGGUGGCCAAUGCGGACUCCGAUUCGGGCUCGAUCGAGCCGCGAGAUCCGAAAGGAGGAUCCAGUGGCGGAGGAAAGGGCGGUGGUGGGAAGAGCGGUAGGAGCGGUAGGAAGGGAAGUCGAGAGAAGACCGACUUCGGCAAAGCGUUCAAGAAUCGGUUCAACACGAAAGCCGUCCAGGACAAGUUUCAGAGUCUGCGCGCUAAGGCGGGAGGCGCCGAUGCUCGUCGAAUCUUGCGGGAAUUGCGCGACCUCGUCGAGGAAUUGCUGCAGAACCAGACGGGGGAUGAAGGACACUACAAAGAGAUGGAAGACAGUCUGGGAGAUGCCAUUGCGCCUGAAGGAUCUCCUUUGGACGAGAACAAGGUGUCUGCCGCUGUCAAAGCCUACGAUGACACGGCCGCGGAUCUCUUGAUCUUGAAUCCGGUUCUGAUCGAUACUCCACGUCGAGAGUGUGAAUCUGAACUUGCAGUACGCUGGAUGCGGAGUAUUUCGAACAAAGGAAGGCAAAAAGUCCGUCUCCUUCUCCGUCUUGCAAGUCGGUCAGGUCUUAUACAUCCAGCGCAAUAUGUAUACCGCAGGGGGGGUGCCCCUUCCGACCUACCUACUACAUAUCAUCGAAACUCUCCAGCUUGUCCACCGAAGCAAGUCACCAGAGUCAUGUCGUCGGUUUCUACCACCACAAGCUUGUUCACGGCUCCCACGGCUACUCAAGCUACCGACGAUGCCCAGUCUUAUCCGCCGGCUACCGUUCAUACGAACUCUGCAGGAGCUCCGUUCAUUUCGGAUUCCGUACUACCAGAUGGGCACCAAGCUGUCCCCGAUCUAGGAAGCGAAGGAAGAAAAUUUGCAGAGCUCCAAACAGCGCCUUCGGUCGUGGGAACGAUUUUGAAUCCUGUCGUUUCGAUCAAUCAAAGUUCUGUAAACAUCGAACGUCGAUAUAAAGGAACAAUUCAUAUUCAAACUUUGUUGAUGAGCGAGACUAUCGGUGCGAUCUUGGCUGUAGGAGGCGUGAUCCUGCCUCGCAUCGCCGUCCGCGCCUUGCUGAGGCGAAAAGAUCAAGAACCUCAGUCAUCAAAGGAAGUUUAUGACGUGCUCUUGACCAAUCAGAUGUCAGGUCUGGGUAUAAGAGGUCAAGUCGUUCAUACCGAAAUGGCUCUCUCCAUCGCCCCUACCAAUUGCGUGCCAACAACCACGGACCUCUCGAGCAUGCCCUGCUCGAGCGGUCUCUCGGCGAUAUUCCCAAGUCCCACUGACACAAGUAGUGGGACAGCUGCCAGGACGCCAAGCUCGAUGGAUGCGUCGAUCAUUCUAGUUCUACGGUCGGACGGACAGAUCCCUAUCGUCAAUCCACCGAAUUUCCUCGAUAGUUGGUCGCAGUACUACUAUCCCGGCAUCUACAAAGCUCGACUCGCAUUGUUGGAAGGUCUCUUAUCGGAUAAAGACGGCUUCUUGAUGGCGAUCGAAGGGGCAUUGGAGGAGGCGAAAGAUGAGAGGAAGAUGAGUGCAGGUGGUGGCGGGAUCCCGAAUGCGGGAAUUAUUCGCAUGGACUUUCUCAAAGAGUUGGAGGAUGUCGUCUCGGAACUCCGAGAUCGCGAGCUUGACGAGCCUCAGGAAGAGACCGCUCUGAGAGUCUGCAAGGUGAUAGGCGAGGCCACGGAUGAACGUGUCAAUGAAUUGCGUCCAGACCCACCUUUUCCAGAGCCUUCACAUGCCAGCGGGUCUUCUCUGACCGCGCCUGUCGCUGGAAUGGUGUUGCCGGCGGUGGCAGCGGCGGCGUUGUUUGCCAGUAUAUGA